UCUCCCAAAACUGAAUAAGAAUACAAAGAAUUGGUAAUCAAGAGAAAAUUCUACAAACAUGAACAGCAACAGGCCUCAUAAUUUUACACCAUAUGAAAAUUGGAGCAAUGGAGAGUGGCGUGAUCCUAAUUCACAUGGACCUGAGCACAGAUGGCAACCCAUUUUCCCUCGUCCUCCGCCUCCCCGAGAUAUCCCUCAGAAUCCUAGACGUGUCGUUCAUGAUCCAUGGUUGCCUGUAACAGAGAGACCAUUUCUAGUACCUACUGGUGCAACAAGUUAUCCAUAUCCAGGCCAACCACGACGUAGGCUAACUCAUCCUCCUGUUCGCGUUCUAGCCCAUAAUGAUGAUGUACCAAGACAUGGAUCAUAUCAGAGACCAAGCCAACUUCCAUUUGAUUCUCCUCCUCCUCCAUGGUUUAUGCAGAGCAAUGAAACGUCAAGGGAUGAAUCAAAAUUGAGCCCAAAUGAGCAAAAGGCAACCUUGAAUAAACUCAAGAAAGAAAUCUACAAUCCUGUACAAGCAAAAAUUGCAAAACAAGUUGGCCUUUACUUUAGAGGCUUGAACAAUAACAUGAACAACACUUCAACCAACGAAUCGAGCAAGGAUGAGGAUGGCAAAAGAUGUUCAAUUUGCUUAGAAGAUUUUGAGCCUAAAGAAAUGGUGACAGUCACACCAUGUAGUCAUAUGUUCCACGAAGACUGCAUCGUUCCAUGGGUGACAAAUCAUGGCUCGUGCCCUGUCUGUCGAUUUGCUAUCUGUGAAAGAAUGAAACAGGACACAACAGACUCAUCGGCGCCAAGGACUAGUAGAGCAACAAACACAAUGCCACCACAUGAACUGAUGAUGGAAAGGAGCCUGAUUUCUAUAAUGAGAGCAUUUGAUGAAACUUUUGAAUUGGAUCAAAUUAGAUCCCUUCUCUUACCAAGAUUAACAAGAGGCUAAGUGGGGUUGCUUAAAUUUUUAGGCUAAU